AUGCCUUCAAGUGGAAGUCUCUUUCGCACAGUGAAAAACAAUUUUUGUAGUAACAUUGCAAAACAACACUACCAAGGCAGUAGAAAUAUUCUGAAAAAACGCUCACAAGGUUCCGAUUAUUAUCAAUCUUGGAGAUUUUAUUCUACUACCACUAGAACUUUAUCGGAAUUAAAUAAUAAUGUACAACAAGAGAAUGAAAUUUAUGUUUGGGGAUCAAUAGGAGAACAAUCCAUCCCUAAACCAAUUAGAGUUUUCGAAAAUAAUCCAGAGAAGAAUCGAGUGUUUUUUGAUGGUCAAAAGAUUGUUGAUGUGGCCUGUGGAUCGGAACAUGUAUUAUUCUUGAGUGAGAGUGGAAUGUUAUAUGCAUUAGGAGGGAAUCAGUAUGGUCAAUGUGGAAAGAGUCCUAGUUCGGAACAAUUUGUACGAGAACCAACUAGAAUUAAAGUUGUGGAUGAAUCCAACCAGGAAAUGACAUUCAAAUCGAUAUUUUGUGGAAGAGAUUCAAAUUAUGCAAUCAGUAGUGAUGGAACAAGCCUUUGUGUAUUUGGAUUAAAUGAUACUGCUCAGUUAGGAUUGGGAUUUAGUAAGAUUGGAUUUUCGUAUGUUCCUAGAUUUGUUAAAUUGCCAAAAUCCAAUGAGGACGACCAACCAAGAAUUAUGAAUGUUUAUUGCGGAUCUAGGCACAUGUUUAUUAGGUGUAAAUAUGAACAAUCUAAUGUUGAGAAACUAUUUUGUUGGGGUGGAAAUCAGUUUGGUCAAUUGGGAUUAGGUCACUUAUUUAAUCAGAAUGAUAUUGUACAGAUGCAAUUGCCAACAGACCUAAAAGUGCCAGAAACUAGCAUUUCCAGUGGAAUGUCGCACACAAUAGCAUAUUCACAGAGUAAGGCUUUCAGUGUUGGAAGAGGAACAGAGGGUCAACUUGGAUUUACUGCUAAACAAGCACCAAUGUGGAGAGAAAUUUCAGAUCUCUCAGGACUCCAUAUUAAGCAUAUAAUAAGUGGAGUGAAUCAUAACAUGGCAAAUGUGAGCUCAGAAAAACUGGGCGGUGAACAAAUAAUUGGUUGGGGAACAAACAUUUUCUAUGGAUCUCAAUGCACUCCAGAAAUUAUUGACAUUCCUUCGUAUGGAAAAUUUGCACCAAAAAAUUCAAUUGACUUGAUGACAAGUGGUUUAUUUCAUUCAUUGUUGAGAGUGGAUGGAGAGAAACUGUAUGCUAUUGGAAAUGGUCAAAGCUUUCAGUUGGGACAAAAUGAACGAAGCAACUCUGAAUCUAAGCUAGUUCAAGUACUGCAUCCAAAUGUUAGAGGAAUAAGAAAAAUAGCCUCUGGAUUUUCACUAAAUAUUACCAUUGGUGAAUAA